CUGAAAGUCUGAAACAGCAAACUGAAACUACCAAGACGAAGAGAUAUCAGUGACCAUCCGCGACACGAGAUGAAAAAGCUAAAGCUAAUGGCGCCCCUCAAAUGUGGGAAGCCAACGGCCAAGAAGAAAAGCGACGAAGCAAAGCACAGAGCAUUUCGCUCUCUAGCACACGUCCAAUCCAUUCCAUCACAGAAUCACACGAUUACAGUUAGGGUAAUCGUCGCCCAGAUCGGGGUUUUUCUCCCUUUUCCAUUUCCUCCAUCUGUAACGCCCGCCGAUGAUGAAAUGUGCAUAGCCUCCUAGAAGGGGAGUCCAUAGCAAUGGCGAACACGAGUUAUAUACCGCAUAACGAAACGGAACUGAUCAAGAGUGGGCUUUUGGUGUGCCUUCCAUUGCGCGAUACCCAUACCCGCAGUGUCUUCUAUGGAGACAGCCCUCUGGAUCACACCAUGCCCCUUAUCUAUGCGGAGCUCUCUGUCAUCAUUCUCAUAACCCAGCUUCUCCGUGUUCUUCUCAAGCCACUCCGCCAGCCCAGAGUUGUCUCUGAAAUCAUUGUGAGUCCAUUCUCGGAAUUUUCGUUCAUUGCGUUCUUUGCAUAAUUAUUACAGUGCUUGAAAACAUGUACAAGCUUAUUAGAGAUUUAGAAUUCAUAAUUUUAUCAAAUUAAGCUAUAAUGAGAUAACUGGAAUAGAGAAUGGUAUCAACUUCUGUAGUUUGGUUGAAUUUGGUUUAAUUUGUCGGAGUAUCAUUCCAUUUUUUGAUGAUGACCAAAUUACCUAUGAAGUCCAAGCUUGCAUGGGAAACCAUCUCGAUCUCUUCCCAACUUUGAAUGAAAAGAUAACCAUCAAGGGCUAAGGCUAUGCAUGGAGCAAAAAUUGUAGGAAAGGGAAGAAGAUCCCAAGGAAAAUAGCUAUUCAAUAUUUGGAUUCACAUGGGAAAAUAUAAAGGAAAAUCAAGUUCCAUAAACUCGUUUUUAUAUUUUGUUACGUAUAAUUACAUUUUUUUAGUCUUUAUAUAAUAGAAAUAUCUAAAUAUGACCAGUUUAAACAAUACUUAAAUCAGGCUUAUUGAGUUUGAACCACUUCCCCCAAACUUUAAUUCUAUUUCCCUCUUUUUUUCCUCAGCAUCUAUGGCUUUCAAAUGAACCCUAAACGAAGCUGAGCAAAUAUUAUUUAACUCCUAAAAGGAGAAAGAUUUCCAAUGAAAAUUUAUUCAAAAUUACCAAACUAGAGAAUUCCUUUAAUUUGAGAAUUGAUGGGAGGAAGGAAUAAGUGUCCAUUUCCCACAAGGCCUUUAACUAAUUCUCCAUCUGUCAUAUAAGAAACCUUUCACUUGUUUUUUACACGGAGUUUUAGAAAGUGAGAUUAUGUGUUAGAAAUUUAUCUAUGAAAUGGAGAAGCAAUUUCAACUUUAUUUAGAAGAUGAAGAGUUUACUUUGGGACAUCCUAAAAGGAAAGUGGGAUAUUCAAUUUGGGACAAAGAGAAUAAAUUGAUUCUAUCAUUGCAUAUAUCAGUGUUUCUAAUUGAUCUUUUCUCUUUCUGCUGCAAGGGAGGGGUAAUUAUAGGGCCAUCAGUUUUAAGCCGAAGCAAGAAAUUCCGUGACAAACUUUUCCCAGAACGAGCUAAAUUUAUCACGAGAAAUGUAGGACUUCUGGGGUUCAUGUAUUUCCUCUUCCUGUCUGGGGUCAAGACGGAUUUGUCCCUUUUGAAGAAGGUAGGGAAAAAAUAUUGGUAUGCAGCUGGAUUCAUAGUUGUUCUUCCUUUGCUGUGUGUUAUAUUUGUUGCAAUCCCUCUCAGAAAGUCAAUGGAGAAAGAGGUUGCAAAAGUCUCUUCCCUUAUUGGAAUUGCUUCCGAGUUUGCAAUAACAUCUUUUCCUGUUAUCUACCCUAUCAUCAAAGAGUUCAACCUCCUCAGUUCAGAAAUGGGAAGGACGGCAUUGUCCGUUGCCGUUGUCAGUGAUGUGAUUGGCAACCAAUUUUUACUGAUAUUUGACGCAUCCAAACAAGGAGAAGCAAAGAGUUCAGCUGCUUAUUGGUUCACACUUUCUACGAUAGUUAUGAUGGUAUCCGUCUUUAUAGGUCUUCGACAAGCCAUGAUUUGGAUAGUACGUAUAACCCCAGAAGGGAAACCCGUUGAUCAGAUUUACGUGAUUGCCAUAUUAUUAGGAGUCAUGGUUAUUGGCUUUGUAUGUGAUUUUACUGGGAUACCCAUUGCCAACGGGCCCUUAUGGCUUGGAUUGGCAGUUCCUGAAGGCCCUCCGUUGGGAGAAACUAUAGUGGAAAAGUCUGAGACGUUUAUUUUGGACCUUCUAAUGCCCUUUUCAUACGUAUACGUUGGGUUGAUCACAGAUGUAUCCACUAUAAGCAGCCAUUGGUCUAUUUUGCAACCUCUUUUCAUAAUUGCUGUAGUGGGUUAUAUAACAAAACUGCUUUCUGUUCUGCUGAUCUCUAGUUUCUUGAACAUGCCACUUCGAGAUGGUCUUGCUCUUAGCCUUAUUUUGAGUCUGAGAGGUCAAACUGAAGUUUUGUUGUAUUUGCAUUGGAUCGAAGUAAAGGUAACCAUUCUCGCUUGUUUCUUCACCAUUCUCACCCCUCCAAAAAAAAAAGUCAUGCUUGACCAUUGCACAACCUUACAACUAUGUACAUAUAAAAUUUAUUUGUUGGUUCAACCAAAUUAUCACAUGCAACUAACAUAUGCUAUGAUUUCACACGCAAACUAUAAUAUGUUUUCUCAUACAAUAUUUGGUCAUAUAUGUGUGGUUUAGAGUCAUUCAUACUUUCAAAUUCGUUAUCUGCCACAUACUUCUACUUCUCUUUGAAUUGCGAGCUGCCUCUCCGUGUCCGAAGCAGAUUGGGAUGGAGGAAGCAUUUGAAACAUGACUUUUUUUCUUUUGGGGAGAAACAGAGGAGCGAUUUUUUUAUAUUUGAAAACUGUGUGAAUUCUUAAAUCUCUGUUGCAGAUGAUAACACCUCCUUAUUAUGCAAUGCUGGUAGUAAUGACAGUGAUGGUGACAGGCAUAAUCACUCCUCUGCUCAGUAUAAUAUAUGAUCCAACCAGGCCUUACAGGGUUAACAACAGAAGGAAUGUUCAGCACACAGCACCCAACUCUGAAUUGAGAAUCGUGACAUGUAUACACAAGGAAGAGAAUGUUCCGGGACUGCUCAAACUCCUCGAACUCACCAGUCCAACGGUUAACAGCCCUUUCUCGGUUUAUGCAAUACACCUAAUCGACUUAAUUGGUCGCGCCGUCCCUGUUUUCAUAGAUCAUCACGCCCGUGAUGGUCCAGCAAAAAAGAAGUCCAAAAAACCGGUUACUCAAAGCCCAAUACAUAACGCGUUGAAGCUCUUCCAGGAGGGUAGAGGUGAAGGAAACAUCAAGAUUCACCCUUACACAUCCAUCUCCCCGAAGAAGAGCAUGUACCAAGACAUAUGCGAGCUGGCACUCACGAAGAAGGCCUCUCUCAUCAUAUUGCCGAUCCACAGAGAUGUGGUUCCUGACGGAUUCCAAACUGUGAACUCUAGUGUACUGGCCCAUGCCCCUUGCUCAGUCGCACUACUCGUCGACAGGGGUUUUGCUGAUCAGAACCUCCGCACGAGGCAGCUCUCGAAUUACCAUUUCGCCUUCCUAUUCUUAGGAGGAGCCGAUUCCCGCGAGGCACUCGUUUGUGCCGACCGGAUGGCUUCCCGGCCUGAGAUCUCCCUCACGGUCAUCCGAUUUCUCGCGCAUAAUGGGGAAGGUGAUAAUGAGAUGGAGAAGAAACUGGAUGAUGGGCUGGUAACGUGGUUCUGGGUGAAGAACGAGGCGAACCGGCAAGUAGUUUACCGGGAGGCGGUGGUGAGGAAUGGGGAAGAAACGGUUGCCGCGAUUCAGGCCAUGAAGGAGGAGGAUGAUUACGAUCUGUGGAUAGUUGGAAGGAAGCAGGGGAUUAAUCCAGUGCUUUUGCAAGGGUUGACGAAUUGGAGUCAGAACCAUGAGUUAGGGGUUAUAGGAGAUUAUGUGGCCAAUACAAAUUUAGGUGGCACAGCUUCUAUAUUAGUAGUGCAACAGCAGAUUCUAAGAGGCAGGGAGAGUGCUUAUAGUGCCUUAGUUGGGAAGUUUUCUUGGUGUUUGUAAGCAUAGUGUAGUAGUAAAGAUUUAUUACUCUGUAGAUACCACUGUUAGCAAAAUGAAACACAGUAAUUGUUUUAGACUUUGACCUACUGCAUACUUGAUGUAACAUUUGCUUUCUGUUGAGCAAAGAUUUGUUUCAUGAAGUCGUU